AGCCAGUGAAACGGCAUCCAAUGUUGACCUGUUGCUCCAGCAGGCAAAUUGGAACGGAUCCAAGUUGCUUCUCAGGCAGGAGUUGAUAUGUUUCAUCAACAGCAUCCCAAAGAACUUCAUCACAAUGAAUGUUAACGCUACUGGUUGAGGCUGGUCAGCAUGUUCUUCUUGGGCACCGGUAUAAUUGAAGCCUGCUUGAAGCAGGGCUUCACUCCUCCGAUUGGUCUGUGUGUGGUUAAAAUGGCCACCGCAAGUCCAACAUGGUAUCAUUUGAACAUCAGCCGAGCCAGGGCUGAGGAGCUUCUCGCUAAAGCUGGAAUGGAUGGGAGUUUCUUGGUGAGGGGCAGUGAAUCAGUGGUUGGAGCAUAUGCACUUUGUCUGCUGUAUCUAAAACAAGUUUAUACAUACCGGAUCUUACAGGAUGAGGAAGGGUUUCUGGCUGUUCAGACUGAGAAAGGGGUUCCAGUGAAGAAGUUCUCAUGCCUCAUGGAUCUGAUGUUAAACUACCAGCAACCAUACCAAGGACUGGUGACGCCAUUGCAAUAUCCUGUGGAGAGAGAAACGGAGAAAGAGAUCAUAGAUGAUUUGUCAGAUGGUGAAGAUGAGAAGCCAGCCUUACCCCCUCGCCCAUUCAGUGCUUCCAUCACCAGUGCUUCCGAGGCAGGGAACACCAUAGUUCAACAACUGCAGGAACGUUUGCAGGAAGGAUCUUUGAAAAGUGAUCAUGCUGCUCUGGUGAAUGACUACUUGAAGACCAAUCUUCAGAAGGAUCUUGAUGCCGUUAGUUCAGGUGCCACAACCCUGUCGCAUCUCAACAAGAGCCUAGUGAGGUUCUGCAAAGACCUAGACAGGGAAAUGGACCUUGUGUCCAACAACCUUGAUAUGUUAGUGCACGUGUUCAAUGUCAAUACUCCAAGCAACACACCCAAAAAAGAGGAACCUCUCAGCCCAAGCAAUGUUAACGAGCUUGAAGGCAUCAUCAACAAGAUUAAGAUUCUGGGAAAUCUGCUUUCUUGUGUAGAAGAAAGGGUUGUGAAGGGAUUGCAGCACAUGGCAAUCACACAGAAUGUGGAAUUACCUGCUCUUUUCACAUCCUCGGAAAACAGCGGACGGAAUUCAUCUAAACCUAUCCCAAUACAGAGCUUUGAGGUAAAAUUGGGAAAGACUCAGAAAUAUACAUUGAGUGUUGAUGUGGAUGGUGGCAAGCUGCAAAUCUCAAAGAAAGCGACCGGUUCACCCGAGGAAUCCAUCUCUUACGAUAAAAUUUUGCAGCUGGUUAAAUAUCAGAGCACACCAAACACGUUACAGAUCGUGACUGACAAGGAAAAUCAGAAAAAUCAGCAGAGGGAUUUCAUUUUUGAAAAUGCUCGAAAGCGAGAGGCGUUCUGUCAGCUACUUCAGCUGAUGAAGAACAUACAUUCUCAGCAGGAUGAGCCGGACAUGAUAUCCAUUUUUAUUGGAAGCUGGAACAUGGGUGCCGCUCACCCCCCAAAGAACAUUUCUUCUUGGCUUAUGUCAAAGGGUCUCGGACGCGCAAGAGAUGAGACCACAGCCACUAUUCCUCAUGACAUCUACGUGAUUGGAACCCAGGAGAAUUCACUCGGUGACAAGGAGUGGGUGGAUUUCCUGCGAGCUGGGAUAAAAGAAGUGACGGAGCUGGACUUCAAAGUGGUAGCCACACAUUCACUGUGGAGUAUUAAAAUCACAGUACUGAUUAAACCAGACCACGAGAAUCGAGUCAGUCAAGUCAGUGUCUCCAGUGUGAAAACUGGAAUAGCAAAUACAUUUGGGAAUAAAGGAGCAGUUGGUGUUUCAUUCCUCUUCAAUGGAACAUCCCUGGGUUUUGUCAACUGUCAUUUAACGUCUGGGAGUGAAAAAGUUCUCAGGCGAAACCAGAACUAUUUGGAUAUUCUCCGAUUGUUAUCGUUGGGCGAUAAGAAACUCAGUUCUUUUGACAUUGCUCUGCGCUUCACUCACAUCUUCUGGUUUGGUGACCUAAACUAUCGACUUGAUAUGGACAUCCAGGAUAUUUUAAACUACAUCAGCAAAAAGGAAUUUGAAGCAAUACUGACUGUGGACCAACUGAAUUUGGAACAAGAGAAAGGAAAAGUGUUCUUGAACUUCAGUGAAGAAGAAAUCACCUUCCCUCCUACCUAUCGAUAUGAGCGGAACACCAGAGACAUCUACUCAUGGCAGAAGCAUAAAACUACUGGAAUAAGGAUAAAUGUUCCUUCUUGGUGCGAUAGAGUCCUGUGGAAAUCCUACCCUGAGACAUAUAAUCAAUGUACUUCAUACGGCUGCACAGAUGACAUCAUGACCAGUGACCAUUCACCUGUCUUUUCUACGUUUGAAGUUGGAGUAACUUCCCAGUUUGUAUCUAAGAAAGGCCCUUGUAACAGUUCUGGACAAGCUUGCAUUGAAUUUGAAAUUAUUGAGGCCAUUGUGAAGACAACUUGCAAAACAAAGUUCUUCAUUGAAUUUCAUUCUAGUUGUUUGGAAGAGUUCAAGAAGAGUUUGGAUAAUGGCACCCAGAUCUGCAUUAAACAUGGAUUUCUGAGAAUUGAAUGGUCUGCACACCAGUUGCCAAUGUUAUCUCCAAUUCUCUCUGAUAUUGAGUAUCUACAAGACCAACACCUCCUCCUGACCAUAAAAUCCACAGAUGGAUACGAAUCCUAUGGAGAGUGCUGUAUCGCACUAAAAUCCUUGAUUGGGAGCACACCACAGAGGUUUGAAACAGGCCUGUCUCACCUGGGAGAUGAGUCAGGAUCUAUCCGUGUGACGAUGAGGGUCGUUGUUCCAGCAGAACGCAAACGGACUCGGGAGCGCCUCUACGAAUGGAUCAGUUCUGAAAGGGAUGAGACCAAACCUUCGAAAGAUAAAGCUCAAACAUCUAAGCCAAUUCAGGAAUGCAUUGGAAACAGUGGUAAAAAAUCUGGCCAGAACUCAGCAUUCUCUGAAGACGUCAGUGCGAUGUUUUCCAAUUCUCCUGAUGAUCAUGGGACGGCUGCCCCAGGAAGCAAAGGGAAGGGAAGUGAAGAGACCCUUCAGUCAAGGUUGAAACCGAAUAACACUGCCGAUGAUGACCCUCACUCAAACAGUUUUAACAACCCAGCCUACUUUGUGCUUGAAGGCCUCUCCUACCAGUCUGGAACAGGUGGUCAGGAAAACCCGGGGAAUCCGGUGUCAAAACCUAUCCCUAGGAAUAAGACACACCCUCUUCCUCCAACACCAAUGGAGAAGCCAAAGGACUACUCACUCCGACAUCUAAACAAUGAAGGUGGAUCCUCUGAACAUGAAAGCCCUUAUGAUCAAAGCCAACACAUGUACCACAAAAUGCUGGAAGUUGAAAUGCAGAACAAUCCACUCUAUGCCAGUACAAACGAUGUAUGGGUUAAAUCAGCCCAGACUUCACCGGCCAAAGGCAGCCAAGAGCGGCUCAAGAACACAGUGCCAGCUCGGGACCAUCUUGAAUUCAAAGCUCGCACCAUGGGCCCAAGGACCAGACCUCAGGUGGUGGCAAAGAGUGGGGCUCAAGCUUCCUUGAUCAGCGAGGUCAGAGACAAAAUAAGUGAGAGGAGGCCAGAAGACCAACCUCCAUCCGUCAGCCACAUAGUCAAAUCGCUGAGCGAUAAGGACCGGCCAUCCAGCAGGGGCGAGCUACCCGUUCCUGUUCGUGAGCGUCCCGCCAAAAGUCCCCGGCUGCCCGCGAGGAACAAAGCCCCAGAGGUUCAGCCUCGACCUGCACGGAUGGAUCAUUUGAACAUGCCCCCGCCCCUGCCAGUCAAGAGCCGGACAAUGGAGUAUGGGACUUCUGAGAACCGUAAUAGUUCAAGCACCAUCUUGGAGGUUCUGAAGCACUUUGGCUUGGAGAAAUAUGAAAGUGGCCUGAUUGAGAAUGGAUGGGAUAACUUGGAAUUCUGGAGUGACAUCACUGAUGAUGAUUUACGAGAAGCUGGUGUCACUGAUGCCAGUCACAGGAAGACUCUUCUGGACUUAGCUUACCACAAUAAGCCUUGACAAUAGACUGUUAAAAAGUGGAAGAGGACCCCUGGUCACUCUUUAUGGACCUUGCCAUUAAAUUUUGUUUCCGAAGUCCUACCUGAGUAAGAAAACAUUGGGUGAAAUACUGAAUCUGAGCACAUCCUGAAGGUUCUUUAUGACGUCCGGAAGGAAUUGAGUGCGGAAAAGUGAAUGGUGUUUCCGGUAUAAUCCCAGCGACAGAUGCCCUAGUCUUACCCUAGUCUUUUCUGGCCCAGUCUUUCGUGUUACUAAGAAGCAGAGCCCCAGUUUGAUUUUUCCAAGGCAACUUAUAACUGGAAUCUGGGACUUGGAAUGGAAGAAUGCGUUGCCUUAUCUUGAAGUCCCAUACGGAUAAGAUACAAGGAUGGUUUAGUCUCCAUGGGUGAAAUAAUAAAUGGUCAAAUAACCAGAACCCUUGAAGGCUUUGUUUAGAAUUUCAGUAUCCCCACUUUUCAUACUCAGAAAACUUUUCAGCAAGAAAUUCAAGCUAAUAAGUAUGAUGCCUUUCAUUUAGAAAAAGACAAACUGGUAAAGCUCUCAGAAUGCCUAGCAGUGGAAGUUACUGGGACGGACGCCGAUUUGAGGCUUCCUGUACAAAAUGGACAAUGCCAGAAGAAGCCAACACUGAGCCAGAUGGCUUCAAAGUACUGGUAACUUGGCGCAGGAAGAGACCACAGCAAGAUGUUACUAAAAAAAAGUGAAGAUCUCAAAUUAAGUGCAUGUUACUCAACUUAGACUUAAUGGUCUAUAUCUUGCCUAUCAUAUAGGAGGUUUAAGUGUCUGUUUAACGUCUGAAAAGUGGUCAGUAAGUCAGGGGGAGAGGCGUAUGUAAGUCCGGAUGUUUAUGGCAUGCCCCAGUAUCUUAAAUCUUUUAAGCCAGCCACACACAGCUCCUUCCUAUGCUACUCAUUGGUGUUUCAUUUGUCCCAUAUGAAAGCCAAAUUCAUGUGAACUUCCAGAGUUUAUACCAUCUGUGUGUAGGCUAGAAACUUAUGCUUGGCAUGAGUGCUCUGUGCUGAUUUUUAUUUAUCUGCAUCACUGAGAACAGCAGGGCAUUCCCUUUAUCAAAACAUGGAAACUUAGAAAUCUGUCAUUCCAUUUUCUUAAACAUGUUGGAGUCCAAAUGGGAUUAAAUGAAAGGCUUGUGGGUGCAACAUGUAACAUCCCUACGUUAAGAGAAGUUUAAAGGGAUACAGCAUGCAUGGUUCAUGGGCAUGAGUUGCUGACGUUUUUUUUUCCAUGUUUUAUACUAUUUUUAAUGUUCUGAACAAUGUAACUUCAUUUUCAGGCCAUUUUGGCAUAUGCUGAUUGAAAGGUUAGUUGAAGUUUAGGUACAAUAUGCCUCUGCAUGAUUGAUUCAGAAUGUAAUCUCUCCCACCCUUAUUUGUAAAUUGGACAUGUUAAUGAGGAUUCACAGUAUUUCAUUCACAGAAUGGACAAACAAACAACAAAAGAAACAGAGGGUCAAGAUACAUAAAGAUUGCAGAUGCUGGAAUCCAGAGCAAAAAAAAAACAAACUGCUGGAGGAACUGCCGCCUGACCUACAAAGUUCUUCCAGCAGAAUGUCCUUUCACAAAAAACCAGGGUCAUUGUCAGAGUUCACAGGGAUGCCCUAUGGUUUUAGCUGCUACCCUGCCUUCCUUGUGGUGAUAUCUCAGGUCUAUGUGUGGAAAUUUAAGCAAAUGGAUCCUUAAUUCAUCUGCACCUGGGCAGUGAUGUAGAUGACUGGAUCCCUCACCCUUUAUAGAUCAACAUCCGAUCUUCAUGGCUUUACAAUCAAAACUAAUCAAUUUCUGAAGCUGACACAGUGACUCUGUUUGUCAUGUGGUGAUGAUGAAUGUUCUGUAUGUGUAUCAAACCUUUUUCAGAAUUAUAUUGAUUACCUUGAUUAGAAAGUAAAGGGUAUUCCGAAGAUUUAUAUAAAUUGAGGUUACACAAUUCCUUCGAGUUUGAAAUGAAAAUGCAGAAGGUGGACACGUUACUUAAUAAAUUACACCGAAACACAGACAUCUGAGCAAAAUCUUAGCAACUAGGCUCAGGGCAAGAAUCUGGAUGAAACUAUAUUUGAUAGUUUCUUUUUGGAAGCACUGCCAGCCACACCACAUCAGACAUGAUAGUGUACUUCGAUGUGAUUCGACAGGGAAAGGACCAAAGCUUUCUAGUCUUUCAGUCUGAAGGACAGCCAUUGCCAUGAAUUGUUGCAUGCUGUAUAACUUUGAAUAUUUUUAUCUGCAUGGAUAUCAUGUUGGAUGAAUUGAUGCUAAUGGCAGCGUUGUUAUGUUUACUCCAGUGAUAUCAUUUGGACCUCUGAAGUAUAUGCAAAUAAAUUUAGAAUGAAACUAUCUUUUGAGACUAUAUUUCUUCUGCCCUCUAGAUUUCAAUGUAUUGAAAAAUUAAGUUACA